AUGAAACCAACCUUCAACCAUAAACAGUACCCCUACUCUUGGGGAGGCUACACCGACAUCGACCUGGCGGUGGACGAACAGGGCCUGUGGGCCAUUUACAGCACAAGCGAGGCCAACGGAGCCAUCGUCAUUUCUCGGCUCGACCCCGACAGCCUUGCUGUUGGGAAGAGCUGGGAGACCACCAUCAGGAAGAACACGGUGGCCAACGCUUUCAUGGCGUGCGGACGCCUGUACACGCUGGCCAGCUACACCGCAGCCAACACGGUGGUUAACCACGUGUUCGACACAGCCACGGGCGUCAGGCGGCCGGUUGCCGUGCCCUUCAGGAACAGGUACAAAUACAACAGCAUGCUGGAUUACAACUACGCCCACAGGAAGCUGUACGCCUGGGACAACUUCCACAUGGUCACCUAUGAUGUCAGACUGGGCCCCGGCAGCCGCUGAGGAGGAAACAAGCUGCUGUUUAACGGACGUUAUCACUGGAGCGAGUGAAUGUGACGCGGCUAUGCUGUUGGAAAACCGUGUACUGAAGUUAAUAAAGUGUUUCUGCAGCUGCAAUAAUAUAAGAAUAUAAAUAUAGACAUGUUAUAUAACUUCUAAAUAAAACUUUGUAUUCACCCACUUCUGCUUAUGA